CUAUUGUAAGUUUCUCUGUGUGUUGUCUACAGAGAGACAGAGAGAGCAGAGGCAGCCUUUCCUUCAACCCAAGUAAUUUGCUCUGGCUAAAAUUCAGAGGUGUACUUUAAACUUUGAAAACAUUUCUAUCCACAGCCGCCUUUAAGCUCAUCUCACUACUUCACCCUCACCCUCACCCCCCCUCCACCCACUGUGUCCUCCUUCGACCUGCUGCCGCCCCGUGGACUUUUCCCGUGGAACUUAACAGGAUCAGAAGCGGUUUGUCCAGCGUCCGUCGCGCGGUGGAGCGGUCAGAGGCAGCCGGAGUCAUCGUGACCAUGACCCAGGAGCGGAGUGCGUGUUUGGGGCUCUGGGUGCUCCUUUUGCUCGGCGCGGCCCUGGAGGAGGUGGUGGUGGAGGGAUGUAGCUGCCACCCGGCACACCCACAGCAGCUAUUCUGCAGCGCCGAGAUCGUGAUAAGGGCAAAGAUCUCUGGAGAGAAGAUUGUGUCUCCAAGCAACAGCUCCUCACCUUACAUGAAGAUGAUCCAAUAUGAAAUAAAAAUGAUCAAGAUGUUCAAAGGUUUUGACAAGGCCAAAGACAUCCAGUACGUGUACACUCCAGUCUUCUCCUCACUGUGUGGCGUCAAACUGGACUCCAACAACAAAGCAGGGUAUUUGCUCUCAGGAAGUACGUGGAGUGAUGGAAGGAUUUCUAUUGGCCAAUGCGACCUGGUAGAAUCCUGGGACAACUUAUCACUGUCCCAGAAGAAGAAUCUCAACUACAGAUACCAGAUGGGCUGUGAAUGCAGAAUCAACACCUGUUACACAGUCCCGUGUGCGUCCACAGGAGAAAACGAGUGCUUGUGGACUGACUGGUUGCUGGAUAACAGCCUAAAUGGGGAGCAGGCUCGGCAGUACGCGUGCAUCCGCCGUUCUGACACAACCUGUAGCUGGUACCGGGGCGGACCGCCGCCUGAGAAAGACUUCCUGGACAUAGCCGACCCCUGACGUGUUAACUCAUUUUCUUCCAUUUCACUCGUGCAAAAAUCCUGAGAAACAUUUCCUGCUUUGGCUUAUGUAGCUCAAAUGGCGGGCUCAUUACGGCGCGCAAAGUAGCAACAGAGUUCAUUGAAAAAUUGGCUGAAUUUGACAAAUGAGGUUUAACCCAACACUGAGCUCAUGUUAGCGGAGUUCACUUGGUUGCUACGGCAAUGCUAAAUCUUUUUGAACUGCAGAAGCCUCAAACAUUCCUCUGACUCAUUUUCUCUCUCGCUCUCUCUCUCUCAUUCAUUCCACUUCACUUAACAGCAGCAGACUGUCCAAUGUAAAUUAUUCACCCGAGGGUAAAUACUUUCCUUCAUUUCUGAUGAGCUGAUGGCAAAUGCAUAACCUGGACAAAUACUGAAGUCCUCACAGAUGCUCAUUCAAAACUCACAAGGGCUUAUGUAUGCAUUUGGGUUAUGCAUUUGCUGAAAGUAAAAGGAAUUUGGACAUUUACUAAAGCAAUAUGAGGAAAAAGGCCAACGAUGCUGCAGUAGAAAGUCUACUUUACACCCUCUGUUGUCAAAUCAUUUGCAGGUAGACUGCAGCGCUGACACCUUUGUUGAAUUAAUACAUUUGUCUAGUAUUUGCUGUAGAUGUACAGUAUAUAUACUAUACUAUAUAUAUAUAUUUACAAUAUCUAGAGCCAAACAACACCAGGCAUUCCCCAAUUAAUUAUAUUUGACACAUGAAUUAUAUAUGACCAUAAGUCUUGUACAUCUAAAUCAUCACAGUUUAUACUCUCGAAUUGCUGAGAAUGUAAAUAUUGUACUUGAGUGGUGGUAAUUAACAUGUUAAAGGCUAACCGAAUGUGUUUCCUAGCAUAGAAGUUGUUAACGUUUAUGUGUUUAGUUUUUCUUUUUCUGUGCCAAAAAUCUAAUCCAGCGCUUUAACAACAGCAUUGCCGCCUGUAGAAGCCGAGCCACCUCUUCUUUGAGGAAAUGAUGUAACAGGACAAGGUUCAAUUCACUGUUUUUAACAUUUUAAAAAACGGCAAGAUGCUUCUCCUCAAUUUUUCAGCUCAUGAAAGACUUUGACAGAAGAGGUUAAAAAUGGCAAAUAACUGAUAUUCACGAAUGAGCUGGAAUUAGUGAUUUAAUUGUUGUUUUAAAGGCCUUAUUUGAUAUAUAACUCAUUUAUUAAAAUACAUGAAUCUGAAUUGACCCUUGUCUUGUUACUGGAUUACUUCACUGAAGUCAUACAGAUUUAAACACAUUUUCACCAGAGCCACUAUUCAAAGAUGCUAGGGUCACAUUUAACAAGACAAUAUUAAAUGAAUAACUCAUAAAUAAUUAAACUGAAACAUACUAUAUUAAAACAUGUUAAUCCAUUUUAGACUUUCAUGAUAUUAUAUAAUAAGUAUGCAUAAUAACUGUAUGGCUUUAGCGAAGCAUUAUCAAACAAUUUCAUGUUUGUUUUAUACCGAAAUAAUUGUUUGGGUUUGUAUUUAUGUCUCUGUUUCUGUCUAUAUAGGGUUUUCUAUUUACAUGUACCAAAAAGUAUUGUAUAUAAAAUGUCUCAAUGGAA